UUUGGAGCAGAACGAUUUAUUAUGAGUUGAAAAACCUAAUAAUUUUACUCUCUCAUUUGCUAAAUCUUUCAUUCCAAAGAAACCCAUAUGGAACCACCACCUCCUCAUUUUUCUAGAGCUAAACCUCCAUGUCGUCUGUCCGAUCCGGCUCAGCCCCACAAGCUUUGCCGACGGCGACGACCAUCUUAUCCUCCACUUUCCAUCUGCUUUACGUGCAAAGGCAAGCAAUUGAGGUCCAGUGCAUACUAUUACUAUUGUGCUACUUGCAAUUUGGAAUUCCACAGAGGUUGUCACAUCUUUCUGCCGGUGAUAAGAAGCUCUUUUCACCCCUCUCACCCUCUCACCUUCUUCUCCUCAGAUCCUAAAUUUGAUGUAUCUAUAAUACCUAAAUAUUGGAGAGACAGCUCCGCUACAGAAGAAUCUUCAGAUGAAUCGAUAAACCAACUAACUAUUGAGUAUCUUGGAGACGUUAGUGAUGAUGACGGCGAGGACAGCCAUUCUGAUCACGAUCUUGGUGCUAGUGAAGAUGACGGCGAGGACAGCCAUUCUGAUCACGAUCUUGGUGCUAGUGACGAUGACGGCGAGGACAGCCAUUCUGAUCACGAUCUUGGUGCUAGAGACGAUGAUGGGAAUGGCAAUGGCGCUGGCGAUGUUCAUGCUGAUGGUGAGGCCUCUUUAUCCGAUGGAAAUCACCUAAAAUGCAAAUGUUGUGGGGUUCCUUUACAAAUGACAUAUUAUCAUUGUUCUAUCUGCAAGUUCAAUCUUAACUUGGAUUGCUCGAUGAGACAACCACCUCCCAUUAUCUCACACUUGAAAAGUCAUGAGCACACCCUAACCCUCUUCCCUAUACGACUCCCUUUGCCAUGUGAUGCUUGUGGCUUGUCUCUAAACGACACCGAAGAUCUGGUUUACUCUUGUCUACCUUGCAGCCGUAUGGUCCACAGAUCAUGUAUCUAUCUUCCUCGUGUCAUUAAGAUCACCCGACACCAACAUCGUCUCUCUCACACUUCCUCCCUUCAACCUGGUGAUUUCUCUUGUGGAGUUUGUCGCCAAACAGUUGACGUCAACUACGGGCAAUACUCUUGUAAUAAGGAAUGUCAUUAUGCUGUCCAUUCCAAAUGUGCAACAAGGAAUGACGUGUGGGAUGGAAAAGAUCUUGAUGGAGUGCCUGAAGAACCCGAUGAGUUUAUCGAACCGCCAUUCCUGAAGAUUGAUGAGGAGACAAUUCAACAUUUCAGUCAUCACCAUUAUCUGAAGCUCCAUGAAAAGAAAACCAUUUACAAGAGAGACAAGUUUUGUGAGGCAUGCACCCUUCCAGUAAUGAUCUCCCAGAGAUUUUAUGGUUGUAUGCAGUGUGAUUUUGUUCUUGACGAAACGUGUGCUUCUCUUCCUCGCAAGAAAAACCACCCACUACAUAAACACCCACUUAACCUUCACACUUUGCCUCUUGGUGAGUCUGCCAUGAUCAAUAAAGGUGCUACUAGCAAAGACAUAUUCAAAUGUAUUGGUUGCGGCCGAAUUGGCUGUGGUUUCUACUACAAAUGCGAUGAAAAAAAUUGUGAUGAGUUUCUCCUAGACGUCAGAUGUGCUUCCCUUCCAGAUCCUUUUGUUCAUGACUGUCAUCCCCAUGAUCAUCCUCUCUUCUUUAACUUGACCAAAGGUAAUUGCAUGGGGUGUGGUUCUGAUAGCUGCUCAUCCUAUUUCUUGGAAUGUAUUAAAUGUAAGUCUUUUUUGGGAAUUAAAUGUGCUACUCUGCCUUGUGAGGCCCAUUACACACACGAUAGGCAUCCACUCACUCUUUGUUACGAAGAAGAAGAAGAUACUACAAGUGGGCAAUAUUGGUGUGAGAUAUGUGAAUUCAAAUUGGAUCCAAAGACAUGGUUUUAUACAUGCGACUACUGUAUGAUCACUCUCCAUGUCAACUGUUUACUGGGGAAAGAUAUCUAUCUGAAGCCCUGCCACAUUUUCAAAGUAGGUCUUUUUUAUAAGGAAGUUGAAAUUGCUCGGAAUGAUGGUAAUUCUCGGCUGUUUUGCUAUAUAUGUCGACUUCGCUGUGGACAGACUUUGGUAUUCAAGUGGCUAGGUAGACGCAAAAGCUUUUGUACUCUUCGAUGUAUCGGAAAGUAUGUGAAAGACACGCGCGGGUAUUAUGAUGCAGUUGCAAUGGGAUAUUUUGAAUCUUAUCCAACGAAUCUAGUUACAUCCCCAGAAGCUUCCGAUUCAUCAGUUAUUAAGAGUGCUUUUGAUUUCCUAUUUAGAGAUUGAUUCUGUUUGUCGUGAGUUGCUUAAUUGCUUAAAUCUUAUUGGAUUCAGUUGUUUUUGGAUUACUUAAUCGAAACAUUUAAAAGAGAUCUUGAUAAACCAUUGUGAAGGCCUGAAGGUUAUUCAUAACCCUAACUAAUGUAGAGGAGAUAACGAGUGUGACACAAAGUCUGAUUGAGACACUGAA